AUGACAGACAACAUUCCUAGAUUCGACUGGGAUCUUUCUCUCUCCGCCGUAGUUUCCUCCGCUUCCACCGGAUCCGACGCUAUUGGAGCAAUCGAGUUCGACCCGAGUGGAGAAAUCUUGGCGACGGGAGGAAUCGCAAGAAAAAUCAGAUCGUAUCGUUUCAGCUCUUGGUUAGGGUCUUCUUCACGUGAUGAUCGCGUGGAGAGCUGUAUAUGCACGCCGGCGAAGCUAAGCAGUCUCAAAUGGAGGCCCGAUUUAACCGGUCGGGUUAUCGGGUCGGGAGAUUACGACGGAGUAGUCACCGAGUACGAUGUGGAGAAGGGAGUUCCUGUUUUCGAGCGAGACGAGCAUGGAGGGAGAAGGAUUUGGAGCGUGGACUACACUCUCCAUAACGGUUCUGUUAUCGGCGCGUCGGGAUCAGACGACGGGACGGUUCAAAUAUGGGACCCACGAAACGGAGGGUUGGAGAAAACGGUUAGGCCCGGAGGUGGAGUAGCGGCGGCGAUCUGUUCGGUUGAAUUUGAUCCGUUUGGUGGACCUUUGUUAGCCGUUGGAUGUGCUGACCGGAAUGCUUACGUGUACGACAUCAGAAGAAUCGUUGACCCGAUCGUUGUGUUAGAUGGUCAUACCAAAACGGUGACGUAUGCUCGGUUUAUGGAUCAGCACACGAUCGUUACCGGUUCGACCGACGGGAGCUUGAAGCUUUGGGACAUAGCUAACGGACGGCGUGUGGUUCGCACGUGUCGAGGGCAUGUUAAUAGUCGGAAUUUCGUCGGGUUGUCGGUUUGGAGACACGGUGGUUUGGUCGUGUCCGGUUCGGAGAAUAAUGAAGUGUUUGUGUAUGAUAAGAGGUGGGAAGAGCCGGUUUGGGUGCAUGGGUUAGGUCAAGCGGAGCGGUUAGGGUGUGACCGGCGGGAAUUGAAGUUCGAAUACAUUGAUGAAUAA